AUGUUUACCACCGACCAAUUGCUAUUAUUGGCAAAAUUAGCCGAGAACAUAGAUUCGCUAGAUUCUGUUGAAUUGGCUGCGUUUGUGCUGCUUCUUAAACCAGAUCUACAGCAACAGCAGUCUGAAUGUAGUUCGUCAUCGUCAACAUCAUAUCAGUCGAUGGAACAACGUCCAUACUUUGGCCAGCGGGACGGUCACUCUAGAGAUGCAUUACUGGAGAAAGAGCUGGAAUGGUUGGCCAAAGAAGACCGUGGCAGACGAUUACGUGUUGAUAGACAAACAUUUCACAAGUUGUUGACAAAGUUGCAUCCACACAUGGCCAAAGUCAAAAAUGGACUAAAAGUCAGUGCUGCUAGACGUUUAACAGCAACAUUAAGAUUUCUUGGUACUAGCUCUACGCUACAAGAAAUUAAGAUUGAUACUCACAUAUCACCUCAAAUGUUGGCAAAGAUCAUUGUAGAAACCUGUGAUUGUAUCAUGGAAGCUCUCAAAGAUUAUAUUAAGUGCCCUCAAAUAGAAGAAGAAUGGAUGCGAGUGUCAGCAACAUUUGAACGUACUACACGAUUUCCAUCAUGCCUUGGUGCUGCAUGUGCUCGUCAUAUAGAGCUCCGCAAGGCAUCUAAGGCUGAUUCUGAUUAUCUUAACGAACGUCGUCGACCUAGUGUAUUACUAUCAGCAGUAAUUGAUGCUAAUUAUGAGUUCCUCAUAGUGGAUACGUGUCCUAGUGGACAUCUUUCAGAAGAAAACCCACCAAAUAAAAUUUUGGAACGUAAAUUUCGAUCAACAAAGCUACCAUGUCAGUCUAAUUCUAAUCAGUUACCAUAUGUAUUUGUAGCUGAUGAAUGUUUCAAAUUGCAAGAAAAUUUUAUGGUGCCUUACAGAGCAAUUAAUGAUAAAGGUGGUGAGGCAAAUAAAUUAUUUAAUCGUCAAUUAGUAAGGGCCAAUCAAAGAGCUGCCAAAACUUUGGCCAUUAUGGCAUGGAGAUUUGGUGUACUUCAAACUCCUGUUAACUUAGAAGCAAAGAAGGUGCAAACUAUAGUAAAAGCUUGUUGUUAUCUUCAUAAUUUUUUUAAGCGUGAGAGUGCUUAUUAUAUUGACAGUAACAUGGAAGCUGUUAUCAAAGCUGAUAUAGCACCAAUUGUAUGGGGCCCUAAUACAACUGUAAUACCACAUAUUAAUAACUGUGAUAUUGAUGCACAAUAUGUUAGGGAUUGUUUUUCUAAAUACUUAUACACAUUAUCUAGGGGUCAAGGCCAAACACGUGUCUGUAAAUAAUUAUUGUUCAUAAAACAUUGUUAAUGUAGUUCAUUCAUCUAUACUAGUAUUGAAAUUAUUUAUUACAUGUUGUUAUCAACUAUUGUUGAAAAAGUAUAUUAUGGAGUACUGAUUAUUUUAUACUAGUCUAUUCAAAAUUUUACAAGUUUGUAAUUAUAUAGGCUUAAUUUACUUUCAUGAAAAUUUAUAUUUAAUGACAUUUUUUAUGUGCACAAUGUUAAAGUUACUAGAUUUCUAUGACUGAAAUGACUAACUAUUUAUUCAUAUAUGGAAGUCUUCCAUAAUCCAUUUUUAAAUUUGGUUGUACUCUUAUUCAUAUAAUUUUUUUUUAAUUUUAUUAAUAACAUUUGUACCAAUAUUAUUACAGGGUGUGCUGGGUUAUAGAAUAUUAUAAAAUGUUUCAUUAUAUAAAUACAUUUACUUCUUUAAUAUAUUCCAUUGCAAUAAAAAUCAAGUCAUAAAAAUUAAAUAUCAAGUUAAUUUACAUUAAACACCCUGUAUUUAAUGUUCAGCGCCAUAAGUCUGAAAAUUUAGUAAGUGGUCUAAAAAGUUGUUCACAAACGUUUAUAUUUCUAGCAUUACUUAGUUUAUUAUAAAUUGUAUGUUAAUUAAAAUAUUAUUCAUUAGUUGAAAUUUUC